CAAGGGGCUUCGCGCUCAGGUGACAGACGCGACUCCUACAGUCCCAGAGCAGCCAAAAACUUCAGUUAUGAGUGAAAAUGCUUGCAUAACUAUCCUCAAAGAGCUUAUUUAGAAGAAAGAACCACCAGUGCUUUACAAAGAGCCCUUCUCCAAAUGCCGUCCGCUGCGCGACUGGGAGAAGAGGAGGGCAUGGGAUUUAUUUACAAGCAGUUCCUCUGUCGGGGUUGAGUGAAUUGAUAUACUUUGAGUAAAUUGAUGUAUUAAUUGGAACAACGGAGGGACGUCAGAAGACGGCUCGGGGCAGGAUAAGGAGAGCGCGGGAGAAACUGUCACUGGAUGCUGUAUGAUGCUUCGUGAGGGGCGAUGAUGGAGAUGCUGAUGGACCGGAGACCUCCCACAGUUCUGCUUCUCACCUUGCUCUGGUUGUUUCCAGGUGAUUCUCAGCGGGUCGAGAUGCCACGGAAAGACAUGGAGGUAAUCAUGGGACAAAUGGCUGUUCUGGAGGCCUGGUACACCCCCACUACCUCCAUCGAGAAGAACGCGGUCAUCUGGACCUUCAUGGCCAAUCACUCCAAACAAGUCAUCUCCUACUUCUCAGGACAGAUUGGCAUCGGUAGCACUGACUUUCGGAGGCGGGUGGGUUUUGCCAUGUCCAUGCCCUCUGCCAAUCUGUCCAUCUACAUCAAUAACACGCAGGAGGCUGACUCCGGACGCUAUCACUGCCACGUCAUCAUUCCUGGAGCUCCAGGUCUGUCUGGAGAGCUACAACUCAAUGUUAAAGUUCCUCCAUCCACACCUGUGUGCUCUAUGACAGGAAAUCCUGUACUGAGUGGCAAUGUAACAUUGAGCUGUAAAUCCAGCUAUGGCAAACCUGCUCCUCAGUACAAAUGGACCAAAGCAGCUCCUCUUUCUGAGGUCUUCUUCUCUCCCAUGCAAAAUGAGAGGCAGGGCACCCUUCGACUUAGCAACCUCACCAAAAGCAUGUCUGGCAAGUAUGUUUGCCGCGCCAGCAACACGGCUGGGACUGACAGCUGCCACAUCAAUCUAGAGGUCUCCACCCCUAACAACGUCUGGGUGAUCGCCGGGGCCACAGUGGGCUCCGUGGUGGGUCUGAUGGCUCUAGUUUUAUUCCUGAUCUUCAUCCUGAGGAGAAACCGUGACACGGAAGAGGAGAUGGCCAAUGACAUCAAGGAAGAUGCACAGGCACCGAAACGUGUCUCCUGGGCUAAAAGCGGCACAGGAUCGGACAUCAUAUCAAAGAAUGGCACAUUGUCCUCAAUAGCCACCAGCCCUCCUGUACAGGACCCUCAGCAUCCACUCCAAAACAACCAUUACCCAUACCCUCCUGGUGCCUCGGACAUUGCCUCCAUCCUCACCACCGCUGGAAGCACAACCACCUACCGCCUCCGCCCAGGGGAGCCCAACCCUCUACACGGCCUGCCUGGAUACAACGCCAGCGGCACACCAAAUCACACACUCCGCCCCCAUCGCCAUCACACUCCUGCAGUCCUCAAUCCUAACAGCUGCUCCACACAGAGGACUGAGGGGCCGCAGCCACAGACCCCGCGCCCACUCAACAGGCCUAUAAACACUGCCACCCUGUCCCGCAUGGGGGCCGUGCCCAUCAUGGUGCCCACCCAGAACCACGCCGGGUCACUGGUGUAACGGCCCUCAAGACUAGUAAUGUACUAACGACUAGCCAAACAUACGUGGAGAAGGGUUUCGACAAAUGUGACGAUAAAUUUGGCUAACUUUUUAUACAGAAUAAAGUAUAGUAAAAUAUAGUUACAUGUCGAAAAAAAAAUCUUCGAUUUGUUUUCUAAAGUAUUAUAUGUUUUUUUAUAAGUUUAAUCUGUGUUUUGAUGCCUAAACACUUUGUAAAGUUCUUUUUGUCAUCGUUUCGAACCGUUUCAGGGACCAAGAACAGUAUUUUGUCAGUGUGUUAUACAUUAUGACGGGAUGCAGACGUCCACUUUUUGUAACAGUUGUGUUUACAGAUUCAGAUUUGUCCAGUUAUUUAGACAUUCAGUUAAAUUCAUGACGAUAAUUUUUAGCGUCAGCUGUUCUUGUGCCUCUUGUGCCUCCGUUUCUCUCAGGAGUUUUCGCUUUUGUCUGUCAAGCGGUUGACAGAUUUCUGAAGCAGAGCAGGUUUCAUUUCAAAUGAAAUAUUUUCUGACCAUUCAGAUGAGUUAAGAAAUUUUGAGAAAAGGGAAGGCUGUAAAGCAGAAAAUAAAAUGGGAGCCUUUAAAAAUGCUGUUUUAUGAUGUAGAGCAUAAAAAUGCCAGUGUCUGCCAUGCUUGUUUACUGGAACAAGAAGGACUCUUAAUUUGUAAAACAUCUGAACAUGGAAGUUACAUGGAAGUGUCCAUUGAUUAAUUUGUGUAUUCAUG